UUUUUUUUUUAUUACUGCUAUCUUGAUCGUAUUCUAACGCUCGUAAUCAACAAAAAGUAGACAUAGUUACAAUUAUUCGACAAAAGAAAAAGGACACGUUACGCUACAGAGCACUUAACGACAGUGGAAAACUCACACUCAAGGAGAAAAAAGACAAUAAGAAAUAAACCAUGGCUCGUUCAGUUCGUUCAAGCGCUUCAAAGGCGCCAAAGGAGAAUAAGGCUGAGAAAAUGAGACGCAUUGAGAACUACCGCCUUGCUAGAGCGCAGGCAAAGAAGUAUGUUAUUCCUGGACUUGUUGCAUUUCUUGCUGCCGUAUUUGCCCUCUUUGCGGUCAAGUAUGGUUUCUCAGGCUCAAAGAAGGCUGGCCAUAUUAAGGACAAUACCCUUUUUAAUCAGAAUAAUGUCAAAGACGCCCUCAGACAAACCGUAGAGACUGACGGCCUUAAGCUCAACAAUGAAGAGCUCAUCAAACGUCUCAUCGAGGCUAUGACCAGCAAGAAAGCAGAUGAGAAUAAGGUCGCUGAACCAGAAAAGGCUGCGGAAGAUGAAUCUACACCAACACCAGGAAAGGCUAUGGAAGAUGACGAGUCUACAGCUACAACAGAGGAAACUAAAGCAGAAAAGGACAGUCAAGACCCUCAGCCAUGAACAGCACUUUUUUUUUCUUCCAAUGCCAUGGAUUACAGACAACCAAUUAUUGCCAUACUUUUUGAAAUAAAAUGUCUAUAUUAUAUUAC